AGGCCCAGUCGGUCCAGAACCCGCCGGCAAAGCUCAGGCCUGCCGGUGAGGGCCCCCUUCAUUCCUGCGCUUAUGUUUUGUCCCAAGUCAAUACAUGGCACUAUCAGCAGUAGCGCGGCGGUUGACUGAAACGCGGAAACAUAUCGCAGAUCCCACCCCGACUCUCUGUCUCAUCUCCCUCUCUCUCUCUCUCUCUCUCUCUCUCUGGCAUUAGGGUUAGGGUUUCUGUGGCAUGUUGAAUCUGGCCAUGGAGGUGACCACUUUCAGGCGUUCGUGGUCUUCUUCCUUCUUCCCGAGAAGAUAAUUCUUUUUUACCGUAAUAUCGUCCCAAAUCUUCCGGGAGUGACUUCGUUUCUUGUGGACGAGAGAUUUUCAUUCAUUCGGGCGUCACCCAAGUGGUGCAGCAUUGACAUUUGAUGAACUCUCACUAGGAGAUUGGGAUUUCAAGAAAGCUUCUCUCGUUUGACGCUAAUUGGUCAUUGAACCAGAUGGACAUAUCGAUCUACAUGUUAAUUUUUCGCGCGCAUGCCGAUGGAUUCUGAUCUGAUGUCAAUCUUGUUUCAGUAAUUUGAUUGUAGGUAGAUUUUAGUUCGCCAUGGCUAGCGACAAGCCGUUGGUCUGUGUCGUCUACUUGGGUGGUACCCUUGUUAACGACAAGGAUGGAUCGGUUUCGUAUACUGGUGGAGAAGCGCAUCUCACCGAUGUCGAUCGCGACAUGACCUUCCAUCAGUUUAAGAUGGAGGUUGCAGAGAUGCACGGUGGCGAUGUUUCUGGGUUGACCUUUAAGUAUCCCCUACCAACGAACAAGAAAACUCUUAUAACAAUCUCGAAUGAUAAGGACUUGAGGCGCAUGGUUGAUAUGAACAGAGACACGGCUUCGCCGGAGAUCUACGUCUUGACAAAAGGGGCCGUCCCUGUCAACCCUCCCCCUGAGACCAACAACACUCCAAGCAGGGCAAGUAUGAAUUCCAUAGUUGAGUUGCCAACACCCAUCCCUUGCAAUGUGGAGCGGCCCAAUAAGCUGAGCGUUUACUGGGAGACUGCAAUCACUGGUGUAGGUCAGUUGUUCAAGGAUGUGCAUGACUUCCGCGAAUCACUUCGUAAGUAUGCCAUUGCAAAGAAUUUUGGGUACAAAUUUGUUCAGAAUGACCGUGGUCGUGUGACUGCAAAGUGCAAAGGUGAGGGGUGUCCAUGGCGGAUACAUGCUUCUAGAGUAUCCACCACAAAAAUCAUUAAGGUCCGGGUGUUUAAAGAUGUACAUACAUGUGACAGAAUAUUUGGGACACAGAGUCAUCCUCCUCAUGUAACAAGGUUCUGGAUUGCAGAUGCAGUAAAGAAGAAGCUUCAAGACAUACCAGAUUAUAAGGUUUCGGAUAUUGUAAAAGACAUAUACAAUGAGUAUGGCUUGAAGAUAAAUUAUUCACAGGCUUGGCGUGGUAAGGAGACUGCAAGAGAGCAACUUCUUGGCAAAGAUGUGGAUUUCUAUAAGCAAUUGCCACGUUAUUGCGAAAAGCUGAUUGAGACCAAUCCAGGUAGCAUUGCCGCCUUAGCUACUACAAAUGAGGAGCGUUUUCACCGCCUUUUUGUAUCCUUCCGUGCUUGUAUUCAUGGAUUUGAGCAUGGUUGCCGGCCACUGCUUUUCCUUGAUGGUACCUCAUUGAAGUCAAAGUAUGGAGGGACUCUACUUAUAGCUGCCUCGCUAGAUGGAAAUGAUGAAAUCUUUCCUGUUGCAUUUGCUGUAGUUGAACAAGAGGAAUAUGUGAGUUGGCAUUGGUUCCUUGUACAAUUGAAGUCUGCAUUGUCAUCUUCCCGCCCAUUGACAUUCAUCUCAGAUAGGCAUAAGGGAUUGCAAGAAGCUGUGCCCUUGGUGUUUGAGGAUAGCACACAUGCUUUCUGCCUGAGGUAUUUGACAAGGGAUUUAAAAAAAGAAAUGAAGACGUAUCCCAAAGAAGUUAAGGAUGUGGUAGUAGAAUUAUUUUUUGCUGCUGCAAGAGCAUGCCGAAAAGAUGAAUUUGUUGCUUGCAUUGAAAGCAUAAGAUCUGUGUCACCUGAAGCAGCUACAUGGAUCAUGGAUGUUGAACCUGAACGAUGGGCAAAUUUAUUCUUCAAGGGAUCGAGAUACAAUCAAAUGGCUUCAAAUGUCAUAGAGUUCAUUGAUGGGUGGAUAACAAAGGCAUGUGACUUCCCAGUUCUUAAGCUGGUUGAAGCUAUACGAAGUGAGAUAGUGGAGCUAUUCCGUGCACGCUUGGAGGCCUCAGAUAAAUGGAAUACAAGACUCACAGCUAAGGCAGAAGAAAAAAUGCGGAGAGAAAUUGAUCGUGCACCUCUGCUUUCUGUGUCUGUCUCCUCGGCCUUGGUAUUUGAAGUGAUUGAUGAUCACACUAAUAUAGUUGACCUUGAGAAGUCUGACUGUACAUGCCUCAACUGGAAGGUUAUGGGUCUACCUUGCAGACAUCUCAUCGCAUCACUUAAUUGCAUAGGAAGAGAUGCUUAUGAUUAUUGUGAAAGGUACUUCCUUUCCGAUUAUUAUAAGCUAACAUACACAGAGUCCAUCAACCCUGUUCUUGAUGUGGACUCCAUCAGUUCUGUCUCAAAUGCUGAAACAGUAGUUGAUUCCUAUCCAAAUGUAGAGCUUCCUAAGAUCCAUCGUCAACGUGGGCGUCCUAAGAAAAGGCGAGUGGAAUUACAUGAUACUGAGAAAAGAACAUUUCUAUGUGGUAAAUGCAAGGAGCCUGGUCACAACAAAAAAACAUGUAAAGCAUUUGGAUUGCUAACAUCCUGAUUCCUCUGGGUUGACAUGUUAUAUAUAAGUUAUUGGAGGCUAGGUUUUUUUAUUGAUAGACAGUUUGCAACAUUUAUAGUUAUUAACCAAUUGUUCAUAUGUUAAGCAACUAAUAUGUGUUCCACAUGCUUCAGGUUUUGGACUUUUUUGCCAUUGUAUAUUUUCCAUACAGUUAGCGUAUUUAGGCUUUUUAUGACUGACUACUUAAAUUGGCGCUGCUGAUGCAGUUCUGCUUCAGUUAUGUUGAGGAGGAGUAUUGCUUUAUGAAGAAAUUCAUGAAUUGUGAGGCCUUCAUUUUAUUUGAUUUACUAGUAACAUGCAUAUCUAGUAAUAAAUAUUUUUCUCUUUUUGUUUCGUUUA